GUGCGGAGCAGUUACGUUGCUUUGUUCGUUGGUCGAAUUUUUCAAACCAAUUUUUUUGUAGAUUCGACUGUGAUUUCGAUAAAAAAUUCGUUGGAAUAGAUAAACAUUUUAAAACGAAAAUUGUGUUUUCUGAUAGCGAAAUUCGGCGGAAGUGUUAUUUAUGAAAUUCAAAAAUUUUAGUGAAUGUUUACUUGCGCCUAGAAUUCAACGUAUCGUUAUCACCAGUGACUGAGGUUGAGUAGCCUUCAAUGCAUGAGUGAUUAUUAAAAGCGGCAGAUUUGUGAUCGAUAUUUGAUCGCAGCACAACCGCAUUUCACAUACAUUUCAAAACAGACAUACAACCAAAUCGCAGAUCAAAACAAGUCAAUCUAAAAUAAACAGAAAGGCCAAUUGAAAAAUUGAUAGCAUUUACUAUUUAAAAGGAAAGAGUUCGAAAAGUGAUAAGCAAAUAUAAACCGAAACAAACUCUUAAGUAUCGUGCAGUGAAGUAAGUCAGUAAAAGUGUGUAUAACGUUGUUCGAAUGCAUCUUCCAUAAAAGGUUAAUGUGUUUUUUAUCAAAAAAGUAAAUACUGAACAUUGAAAUUCGAAAAAACAAACAACAAAAUCGAGAAGGAAGACACGGCAUAGAAUUUAUAAAAAUAAAAACUGAGAACGGAACAAAAAUCAUAAAAUAAAUUUAUACGUUGGUUGUGUUGAAUAACGAUACAUUUUUUGGCACCGCCCUUAAUCCAUAACAAUAAAAACAAAUCUGAAAACCGUACACAAAAUUCUCUCAACUCGACAUAUAAAAGCGUGCACAGCGAGAGAAUUGUCGAGAUACGCAUAAACCCGAAAAUAUUGAUGCAAGUUCGUUGUCUUUGCUUGUUUUCAUCGUCGCUCGUUUCGUUCUUUUUUUUUGUUCAUCACCAAAAAAGUCACAACCAAGCAAGGAGAAAGCAAACGAAAAUAAUAACAUUGCGUAUACAUUAAAUAUUUACAUAGUCAUUUUAUGAUAUUUCGGUUGGUGUGCAUCAAAAUAACAUAACACGGUUCUAACGUCUCUACUUACCAUUUGCACAUACACCAUAAAUGCGCGGUGUGUACGCGAAUGCAUGGCAUAAGAUUGAGUGCUAUCAGGAGAUUAAUUAAAAGUAUGCCGUAAAAAUUGUCGGCAACGUUAAAAACAACACACCAAAAAACCACGGGCGCCCGCCCCAAAGACCAACAAAGCAUAUAUUUUUUUUGAGGAGAGAACGCACGAGCACGGAAUGCAGUGUUACAUGCAUCUGUAAUGUUGAAAUUGGUGUCGAAACCAUUGAGCAUAUGUUCAGGAUGAUCGAUUUUCAUUGCAGAUGUGAAUACACGUUUCAACCGAAAACAUUCAUCGUACACAUUUCGGUGUCGACCAACUCAGCAAAUUGCUAAAAAGUUUUUUAUGGGGUUUCACACAAACGACAUUUUUGUGAAGCAGUAAAGUGAUUUUUUUGGGUAAACUACAUCAGUGAAUUUUGAAAUUGACUUUUUCGUCAAAUUCUGUGCACAUGCAAUCAUUUUACGGGAGAUGUUUUUAUCUGCACAACACAAUUUCGUUUUCAACCAUUGAACGUAAACAUUAAACAGAAAGAAUAACAAAGUGUGUAUACAAAUGGCCAGUGCGUCCAAAAAUAGAGAAAAGUUUCUGGUACAUUGAGUCGAUAGAGAGAGAAAAGAACAUAGAUAAGCAGACGCAUUUGAGUUAAGUGCUCUAUGCAAUCAUCAUAGAACAGUAAACUUGUGUAAUCGCAUUUUGGUUCAUUGGAUCAAACUGACAAUUAAACUCAUUGCAUUUUGUGCACGAAACUGAAAGAGAAAGAAAAACAAAUACAAUUUGUUUGUGGCGGAAAAGAUCACAGAGACAGCUAGAAAGUCGGAAAUUCAAAACCCGACAACAUUCAAUAUUAUCAAGAUCGUUUGCUUGUGUUUGUGUUAUUGUGUAAAACCAGCAAAAGCAUCGAAAACAGCAAAAUGGUACUUUGCGACACAGAUUUAGACGUUUCUGGGCUAUCACAGAGAUGGAAUAAGUUGCGUCGUCGAUGUGCAUCAUUUAAGGCUGUGUCAGGACCAACAUCGUUAGAUUCGGAUGCCAGUUAUAUUUUGACGGAGCCAGUGACACAGUAUGCAGUCGUUUCAAGUGAUCGACAUCAGCGUUCAUCGUCCGUAACACCAACCAUUGAAUCAUCAACGAAACCAAUUCGACCAUUUUCAUGGCGCAAAAGUCAUUCGGUUGAAAAGUACGAAUAUCGUGAUGUAAACUUAAACAGUUCAAUACCCGAAAAGAUCAAUAAAAGCAUUCCAUUGCCAGAAGACUAUUGGAAAAUUCAUGAGCAAGACGUAAAAUUGUGGAAGAUUGGUUGCGGCACAAAUCGUCCGAUGUCAAUGCGAGACAUUCCAAAUGGAAAUGAUUGGGAAUUUAAUGUGCAAAAAUAUGAAAUCGAAGAGCGUCGUUCAAAUCGAAUACAAUAUUAUACCGGUGAUGCCGAUACAAAUCGAAAACAUAGUUUGGAUGCUGGUGAACGUAAAGAAAUCAAAUUUCCCGGUUUAAAAGCAUUCAAAUCGGCAUCAAUGCGUUUGCCCGGCCAAAAAUCAUCAUUGCAAGAGGUGCAUCAAAUGCUACGCAAUAAAUUCAAUCGAUUAAAUGUUGGUUUACGUAAAAAACGAACAUUAUCGGUGCAAGAGGUGUUCCAGUCACCGGCUAGUCAACAAAAAGAUUCGAUAAAAACACCAACACAAUUUUAUGUACCAUCACCGCAACCAUCGACAAAAUCCCAUCUCGAUGAUACCAUUUCAUCGACUAGAUGUCAUGUUAGCACAGAGGUUACAUCACUUCCGUAUUAUGUAAACAAUGGCAAAACAUUGAAUAAUCAAACAAGCCCAGUUCGAUCCACUUCCCCGAACAAAUCAUUUACAUCGAAAAAUGGCGAUGCAAACAUAAAAUCAACGGUCACACGUACCGAAAGCUAUCGAACAAAAAUAAUCGUACCAGGGCCAGGUGACAAUGAAAAGAAACAGUCGCCUGAAAAUAUUAAGCCAAAAUUUAUGGUUGGUGGCCGGGUGAGUUUGCGUGAAAAAAUGCCAAACAAACCAUCGACAGCGGUAAAAAUUAGCAAUGCUGUUCGUGAACGAAUUCGUAGGCGUCCACGAAGUCAUUCACCUGUUAAGCCAGAAUCGGCAUCAAAGACAACAAAUGGCCGUAAGAAUCGUGAUUCAGGUGGAUUUCUUGAUCGAAUCAAUCGCAUAAUGAGUGUCAAUCAUUUGCCACCACCGCACGGCGGAUCGCCGAACAAUAACAAUAGCUCAAAUAACAACAUGAAUCGAUCGAAACCAAUCGGUUCACACGAAUCAUCAACAACAGCUGCCACAACCACGGCAACGGCGGCUACAAAAAAGAUUCAAAACGAUGAAACAAAAACGACCGCUACAACCAAAAGUCCAACCAUCGAGAACAACAGUGUUAGCCACGUGAAGAAACAACAGCAACCACAAACACCGGAAACAAUUUUCAUACGUGACCGGAAAAUUACCACCAAACAGUCAUUUGAUCGCAUUCCCGAAAAAAGCCACGAAUUCAAUGAAGAAGACGAAGAUGCAUACGAUGAAGAAGAGGAGAGUAAAUUCUGUACACUGCCUCGAAGCAACAACGGUUUCACGAUUCGUCAUGCACGUUUUACUAAAGGCAAUGGCGCGAAAGGAUUGGGCUUCUCGAUUGUUGGUGGAGUUGAUAGUCCAAAAGGUUCGAUGGGAAUCUAUGUAAAAACCGUUUAUGCACACGGUCAAGCGGCCGAAAAGGGCACAUUGAAAGAAGGUGAUGAGAUUCUCGUGGUAAAUGGCAAAUCUCUGCAAGGAAUGAAACACGAUGAAGCCAUAAAUGUAUUCAAAUCGAUCAAAACCGGAGAUGUGGUAAUAUUGAUUGGUCGUCGUUUGCCAAAGAAUCGCAAGACAAAUGAAUCCAUCGAUGCAACAUCAACCGUGGCUGAAAAUGACGUGAAAAAAGAGUAGAGUGAGAGAAAUUGAUUUUUUGGAAGUACGGCAGCUAGUGCACACCAUGGUCGAUGAUCGAGGUGCGCCCGCCAUCGAGAUCUAACAUUAAUUUCUGUUUUCGGAUCAUAGUGCGUUAUUUAAUAACAAAUUAUCCAAUUUGGUCGUAUAUCAAAUGCCAAUCACUUUUAUAAAUCACUUACAUGCCAUGCCGCAUACCAGGCAAUUUUCACAUAAUUUAUUCCAGCGCUAAAGUCUCGUAGAUGUGUAACAUUUAUCAAAAAACUAAAGAGGCAAAAAAAAA